GGUGCCUCAGUUUUAAGGUGCUUUUACACAUUCUCUGAUUUGCUAUUAAGCUUAUCUGGUGAAUUUUUUAUUUCAAUUUUCAUAUUUUUAGUUCUAGAAUUUGCAUUUGGCUCUUUUUUUUAUAGUUUCUAAUUCUCUGCUGAGUUUUCACAAUUGUUCAUUCAUUCCUUUUAUGUUCUUGAGAAUAAUUAUAAUGGCUGCUCUAAAAUCCUUGUCUGCUAAAUCCAACACCUGGCUCAUUUCAGGAUUCUGUUUCUAUUGAUUACCUUUUUUCUUGACUAUGUCACAUGUUUCUGUUUCUUUGUAUAUCUAAUAAUUUUGUGUUAUACCCUGGACAUUGUGAAUAAUAUGUUGUGGAGGCUCUGGAUUUUGUUAUAUUCUAUGCAGUGUUAUUUUAACAGUUGAUUAACUUAGCUAGAUUCAAACUCUAAACUCUGUCUGCACUGUGAUGGACAGAAGCAGAAAUUUCUGUUCAGUUUUUGAGCCUCCUCUGGGCUGCUUAGAGUCUAUCCUAUAUGUGUGUAGUUCAAAGGUCAGCUAAUUUGGCAAAGUUUAUACAUGUCAUUUGGGGUUUCCCUUCUCUGACCUUCUCCUUUCUGAAAUUCACCUCCUCACUUUCCAGCUGUUGUGGAUUCCCUGGACUUGUUCUUUUGUUCUUCAAGCCAAUAAUACUGUGGGUUUCUGAGUUUUAGCUGUUUCGCAUAGCCGGUGACUGGUUUUUGCCCUCAAGUAAAAGCCAUAAAAGCAGAAACUUACCUGGUGCUAUUCUCUUCUUCCAAGUGUAGACUUCCUUCUACCUUUGCUUUUGAUUGCUUUCUAGUAUCUUCUGAUAGUUGUUUUUAAUAUUUUGUCCAGAGUGUAUAGUUUUGAAUUUCUGAUUCAAGGUAUUUUUUUUUUAAUCUCUAGAUACAUGCUUGUUUGAGGAUAUUUAAUUCAAUUUGGAGUGUUGCAUACCAGUUCUCUUCUUUGUGGUUUCUUUUAUUGGGAAGAGGGGAUUUUCAUCAGCUAAAGUUUAUUUUGAUUCUCAUUUUCCAUUCUUAUAAUAAUUUUGUAUAGAAGAGACUGCUUGUGGCCUAUGCAUUUUAUGGACAGGAUUGGCAGUUUGAGAUGAUUUACGAGAUCCUAGUUCCAGAGUAAGCCAAAAAAAACCUGUUGCUGUCAAGUCGAUUCUGACUCAUAGCAACCGUAUAGACAGAGUAAAACUGCCCCAUAGGGUUUCCAAGGAGCAGCUGGUGUAUUUGAACUGCCAGCCUUUUGGUUGGCAGCCAAGCUCUUCACCACUGCGCCACCAGGGCUCCAUUGCCCACAUGGUAGGUAUUAAUGAGCUGAUUGUUUGCUCUCCUUUAAAGAGUGUUUUUGUAAUUUUGAUUUUUUCCAUUUGUAAAUGUAAUACAUGCUCAUUGUAAAAAUCAACUUAAAUAGAACCACCAUAAUAGCAAAAUUUUAACAGAAAGGGAGAGGUAGACCUAGAGGAUUUUCAGGGGCUUGGCAGACCAGUUAAGCACUGAGGAACUUAGUCUUUGUUUGGGCUGGUGUUGAUAAGUGUAUAAAUAGAAUAACUCAUAGAAUAUUGCAUAUGGAUGUUUUAUCUGAAUUUUAGUAGAGGCUCUUGACUUUUACCUUUAGCAUUCUUUGACAUCUUUUUUUUAACCUUUUAUUUACAUGAAGGUCAACCAGAAUCAACAUGUCUGGGAUUGAGGAAGCAGUUCUUGGAAGCCGUGACAGCCAUCCUGCUGGUGGUGGUAACUCUGUAUUAUGCUUUGGACAGUGCCAGUAUACAGCAGAAGAGUACCAGGCCAUCCAGAAUGCCCUGAGGCAGAGGCUUGGCCCAGAAUAUAUUAGCAGUCGCAUGGCUGGAGGAGGCCAGAAGGUGUGUUACAUUGAGGGUCACAGAGUAAUUAAUCUGGCCAAUGAGAUGUUUGGUUACAAUGGCUGGGCACACUCUGUCACACAGCAGAAUGUGGAUUUUGUUGACCUUAAUAAUGGCAAGUUCUAUGUGGGAGUCUGUGCGUUUGUGAAGGUCCAGUUGAAGGAUGGCUCCUAUCAUGAAGAUGUGGGUUACGGCGUUAGCGAGGGCCUCAAGUCAAAGGCCUUGUCCUUAGAGAAGGCGAGGAAGGAGGCAGUGACAGAUGGGCUGAAGCGAGCACUCAGGAGUUUUGGGAAUGCACUUGGAAAUUGUAUUCUGGACAAAGACUAUCUGAGGUCACUAAAUAAGCUUCCACGCCAGUUGCCUCCUGAAGUGGAUUUAACUAAAGCAAAGAGACAAGAUUUUGAACCAUCUGUGGAACAGGCGCGAUAUAGCAGCUGCCGACAGAACAUGGCUCUAGUACCCCCAAAGCCACAGGAGGUGACCUCCCCUUGCAGACCAGUCCACUCAGAUGAUCCCCACAUUGUGAUACAGAGGGAUAAGGACGGCAGCUCCCGAAGCGUGUCCUCUUCUGCUACGGAGAGUGAUGCCACGUACCAGCGGAAGCUCCGGCAAAAGCAGUUGCAACAGCAGUUCCGGGAGCAAAUGGAGAAACAGCAGCAAGGUCAAAUAUCAGUUGAAAGGAAGAGUCAGUCAGUGCUGCCGGCCCCUCCUGUGAAGCACAGCACUCCUGUAACUGCUGUGCCAGAACCACUCGCUGAGAAAGACUCCCUUGCAGGUCAAACGUUUCUGUACUUGUUGAUGCUGCAUGUUUCUGUGAUCUCUAUCCUUGCAGACAACCUUGAAAUGUGGGAUAUGACUCCAGAUUUAGGGGACAUUAUCAAGUCCCUGCCUAAACCAGAACCACCCCAGACACUUGCCACACCAGUCCUGAAGAACCACAUGGUGACUCGGAACAGAACUCCACAAAGACUUUGCCUCCAGGAGCCACAAUCAAAAUCUGGACCCUCGCAUCCUCAAACUCACAACACUAACCAACACCUAACAGGAGACUGUGAUUCUUCGAGGAAGAGCCAGGACAUGAAGAAAAGGAAAUUGUAUCCAACUUAGCUGAGGCUCAAGUCACAUCAUUGGACUCUGUCAUGAAGUGACUUUGGAGACCUACUUUUUGGUCAUGAAAUUGUUCAUCAUUCCUAGGGAAUGAGCUUUAUUUCCAAGGGUUUACCUUGCUUUAUUCUGAACUUUAUCUAGAAGAGGAUUUGACUUUUUGGAGCCUACUGCAGAUAGAGCUGAGCAAUUAGAGAACAAGCACUGUAAAAAAGCAUGUCACACACUGCAGUGGGGAGGCUCUGGACAGGAUAAAAUACCUUUUCUUUGGCUGCAGGCUUUUCAUUAUUUAUUCCUAAACUAUUAUGUUAAUAAAGAUAGAAAUUUUAGGACUCACCAACGGCUGCCUGCCCUCAAGCAGUACGGGCCAUCCUAACCACUAGCUUUAACAAUUGCCUGUGUUAAAUUAUUGUAUUAUCUACCUUCUUUCCCUUUAGGGGUCCAUGUUUUAACGUUCCCCGUGAAUACGGAGUAGCAUGCUAAGAACAAAGGCUGCAGUGGUACUUCACUAUUCAUCUAAGCUAAUCUCCCAUUUUGGGGUUUAGGAAAUCCCUGUCCCGCAUUCUUUCAAGACGAACAUUUUUUAUAAGAUCAAGGAAAAGGCAUUUUGAGAAACCACAAGAAAUCCUUUGUUCUGUAGUAGAAAACAUACUAGCUGUUCGUAUUUUCUCAUUUCUGAUGUUAUAUCCCACCUUGACAUAAAUUGGUUUUUAAUGACGUUUACAGAUGUUUUAUAAUUUCCCCCAAAUGAUGACUUUGCAAUUUUACCUAUUUAGGAACAUUUUGGGUCAUGCCUUUUAUCUAACCUUAAAGCAGUAUUUUUUGUUAUUUUUUUUGGCUCACAGACUCAUUUGUGGGUAGCUGUGAACUUGAGGUGAGGAACUCAAAGUCUAGAAACAUAGUCUACCAUUUGUAGUCUUUUGGAAUACAAAGAAGAGCAGCUUACCUCAUUUUCCUCACCUUCUAAAAGCAUUUAUGUUUCCUGUCAUUGUAUGGAUUUGGUCAUGUAUUUAUCUUUUGAUUUUCAUGUCCAUACCACUUUUCCUCAGGAAAAAUAUUGUCCUCUUGUCUAUAACAUAAUCUUAGUUCAGGGGAGAACUAGUGCUAAAAAAAGUUCCUGUGAAUUAGGAGUCCAGUUAUUGUGGGGAUAUAUGCCAUUUAAACAUGGCUGCACUAUUGACAACUGCAGCCCCCACAGGCCUCUAUGCUGUAUACAACAUGUCGGAGACUUGUCAGCGAUAAGAAAGAGAUUA